UUGGUCUUGAAGUUUUCGGAUGCAUCUGUAGAUGAAUCAUAACAGCAUCAAGAUGUCGGGACGAUCAGGCCGCGCUGAGACCCGAAGUCGGGCUAAAGAUGACAUUAAAAAGGUGCUGGCGGCCAUCGAGAAAGUGCGCAAAUGGGAGAAGAAAUGGGUGACAGUUGGAGACACAUCCUUGCGCAUAUUCAAGUGGGUGCCAGUGACAGAAACAAAGCAGAUAUAUCGCACCAAAUCCACAGGUGGAGAUGUUAGAGGAAUGAAAGAUGUGGUCCUGGAAAACACUAACUCCUUACUGGAUUUCACUGAUGAAAACAGCAACCAGAGCUUUCUGUCGGACGUUUACCAGCCCAAGAUGGACAACAGCAGCAGCACCUCCAGCUCGCAGCAGGUCAGCCCUCCACAUGCCUCGAGCCUCCGAACUGAAGACUCUCAGCCACCAAUGCUAGGCCAGGAAAGUGUGGAUGAACCAGUUCACUCUGGACAGGAAGGAGCCGAUGAGCCUCCCACUCUGAUCAAGGAGGACCUUCUUUCAUCAGGAGCUGCCAGCCGGAGCACCCCAGACACUCAGGAAGAACUGGAUGAAUCAGGAGCUCCUCCUUUAAAGAAGAUUUGCACAGGAGAAAAUGCUGUUCUGAGAUAGCUUAUUUAUAAUCGCUUUCUCAAAAUGCACACAAAACUUGUCCUCAGUUGUUGUCAAAUUAGCUACGCUUUCAAAAUUAUUCUAAGAUUCUCUUGUCUUAAAUACGCAAAUAUUACUCAUUGCAUUUCAGCAAAUGACAAAAAUAAGCAUUUACUGCUAAAUCUUUCUUUGUUUGUUAAAUGCAUGUUUGCAAAUUCUAUCACUUUUUUUUUUUUUAGUUUUACAGGACAUUUUGAAAAAGUGUUAAAUGUGUAGCUUUAUGCAGAUUGAUGUUUAGAUGUGCCAUUAUAUAAAAAAAUUGGAUGCCCUUUCUGGAGCAGAUCUUGUUUUAGCUUAUCUCAUGCAGGAAUAAAAUGCUUUUUUUAUAUUUAUAAUAUAAUUUGCCCAUGUUUAUAACUGAAGAUGUUUUGUAAAUCAUAAUAAAUGCUAUUUUCCAUUUCAA